CGGCAGCGGGGAUUGUGGGAAGUGUAGUUUGGAGACCCCGCCCUCCUCGCCAUUCCUGUAAUGGCUGCUUCCCGGAAGGCUCUGUCACGUGGAACCUCUUAGCCUCAGCAUCCGGAACUCCAGGAAGGGAGUAUUUCGAAUCAGACAGAAUUAUACAUAAAUACUUUCUUUGAAACUUUCUGCCCUCAAGAUUGAGAUACCUGAAAAUCCCAACAUCAUGGCUUCAGUUUCAGCACAGUUGUUCUUGGUCCUCAUUUCACUGCUUUUGGUGCUGCCUGUUGUUGAAGCAGUAGAAGCUGGAGAUGCAGUCGCUCUCUUGUUAGGUGUGGCUCUCAGCAUUACAGGCAUUUGUGCUUGUUUGGGGGUAUAUGCACGAAAGAGAAAUGGACAAAUGUGAUUUUGACGGGCCUUCUGAAUCAGACCUUGCCCAGAAAACCAUUGUGAAUUAUUGAGGUUAAAAACUGAUCUUUAGUGUCUGAAAGUUCCCAAGAAAUAGGGUAUUUUCACAUUUUUAAUUGUCUCCCUGUAAAUGGAAGCAAACUGAUAUAUGUUAAAUGGGGAAAAAAAGUUUCCUUCACAACAAAUAAUGCACUGAAAAAAAGCAGUCUAAAAGUCAUAUAUGUUAGUUAGAAAGAGGCUCAAAGAAGUCAGAUGACCGAAAUUUACAUAUUAUUUCAAAGUUUUGGAAUUCUCAAAGUGCAUGAGAUAGGAAGAAGGAAACCCUUACCCAGAAUCCUAGGAAAUUGCCACUGCCUCCUGCAUCACUGAGGAGACUUUUCUCCAUAUUUUUAUUAGAUUUUUGUUUUGUUAUCUCCCAAGUUAGUAUUGUACUUAGGUAUCAAAUACAUCCAGAAAUUAAAAUUUUUAUUUCUUUGGUUGGGGGAAGAGGUAAGAAAAAUGUACUCAGUGUAUCUAAUGUUAAAAUGGAGAAAAUAUUUAAUGUAAAAAAAUACUUUAUAUGGACAUUUAAAUGGAGAAGAGAUUUAAUGUUAAAAACCUUUAUAUUAACUGAAUAACAUCUCUAUAGUGAGAAGUACUAUAUUAAAUACAAACCCAUUAUGUUGUAA